AUGAAACUUGACUAUGGCGCCCUCGGAUGGCUCAUCAUGUGCCUUUACCACUAUGGCUUCCCAAUCUACUUCGCUGUAGCCUGGGCCAGAGUCGAUGAUGCAGACCGCCUCUGGAAGACCGGUCCUGCAGGUGACAGCACCAACUACCGUCUCAUGAGCGGUUACAUCAUUGUCCUCUGGGUGUUGAACUUCUUGAACUCCCUGUUUCUCAUCAUCAGCAUCUUCGAUGAACGCAGGUUCCAGAUCUUCAGGUGGUUUUCUUUGAUUUUGAACACCUUUGGCCUUGGAGCUUUGGAGGUCGCUGGUAUCAUGAUCAUCGAUCAAGUCUUCCCCUACCGCACUUGCGCUGAGCUCGGCUUCUUCCAUGGACCCGAGAAGAGCUUGGAUGCAUGCUACGUUGUUCACAUUAUCUGCUGGAUGGUAUUCAUCACCAACGUCAUCGUGAUCGGCAUCGUAGUCUUGAUCGUUCCUGCUCAUCUCAUCAUCGGCAACGACUUCGGCUUCAAGGUCUACCGCAUCGUCAUGGGAUCCAGCCUUGCUCGUGCGUUUAUCCCUGCCGUCUUCCUUCCUGCUGAGGAGCCCACGGACGGACAGCAGCCCACUACUGAGCAGCAGAAGCUCGAGGCCGGAUACCCCAUGGCCACCAACAUUGCUCUUGAGCAGGCCGUCCAGCCUUCGACCAUCCCCGCUACUUAUCCCCCAGUUUCCCCCAGCAAUGUUCCCGUGAUGCUCGGAUCUGCCUAA